CAGAGGAUUAUUAUAACUAGCUUAAAUCUAAAAUUUGCCCUUGAGGCAUUGUACCAAGUAUGCUGGCGGCAUUUCCUCGAUGUAUCGCAAUACAGAUUGAUACGUUGUGCGAGGAAGCCGCCAGCUCUUCGGUCACCAGUUACGUCAACCAGACGCUUCGCGAUUUCUUCAAAAAACUUGUGCGUGCUAGGAUUCCAUGGACUUAGAGUUUCAACGCCAAAUGGUACUCUCUACCUCGGUAGAGCCUCGGCUCUUAUAUUUAUUACGUUUCAAAAUUUCGGCGCUUUCCAGUCAAGGUGGGACGGUGCCAGUGUGUCAUCACCCGCACACUAACAUCCAUCCCAAGGUCCAAGGAACGAAGGACACCUCAUCAGGCCUCUUGCCAUCAUCCCUGACAAUCCCAGUCGGCUCAAGAAGAGUAGGCAUAUUGAUGGUGGUUUCUCUUUGGCAUAAGAUAUCUACCUAUGUCAGUUUAUUUGAAUCGUAGUUUUAGUUGCAGUUUAAAUACCUAAUCUAUCAUUUCCAUAACCCAUUUGUAUAGACUUGAACUCGACCAUUUCUUUGUAUCCCAUAACAGCAAUCACACUUGAUUUAGCUGCAUAGUUUAGCUAAUCUACACAUUAAGUUAAUUGAAACCAAUUAAUGUUGCUUUAAUGGCAACCUUAUCUUAAUGAGAUUUAAUUUAGUCUCAGUAUUAUUAAUUAUUUUAUGUACAAAUGUCGGCUAAAAUAGCGAUACUCAUAUUGAACUUCAUAUGUGUAAUAAAAUGUCUCGGGGUAGGCAUAUCGUAUAAUACAAAUAGAACUUCACUUACAGGUAAAAUAGUCAGAGGAGAAUUUUCAAGUAUAAUAAACUUUCCCCAUUCCGCUUUCGUCGCCAUAAACUGUGAAAAUAGGUUUUCGACGUGUGGUGCAUCCAUACUCAACCAAGCUAUACUACUAACUGCUGCUCAUUGUAUUUCAAAGUGCACUGAGGAAUGUAAUAUAAAAGCUUACUUUGGAUCUGAACGAAAAAGUACAGGUUACGAAAGAAAUGUCAUCAGUUUCAAAAUUCAUGAACACUAUAACACUGAUACAAAAGCUUACGAUAUCGCUCUGAUGAGAUUAGAAAAAGAUUUGCAGUUUAGUAAAAAAGUGAAGAGAGUUAUCAUAAUGAAGAAACCACCGAAGUACGAUAUUGCCGAAAUAGCUGGGUGGGGAUGGAUUGAUUCCAAGGGCACAAAGAGUGAAAUGUUGAAACACGCAAAACAGCAGGUCUUCAGCAGGAGCGUAUGCUACGAUAAAGUGAGGGUUAUACCCGUUGGAACUUUUUGCGCGACCGACCUCAAUGGCUAUCCUGAAAAGGGAGACUCCGGCAGUGCCCUCAUGAUUCGAGGUUCCAUUCAGAUAGGAAUUGUAUCCUUCAAGAAAAGACAAUACACAAACGAAACCAUCGUAUACACCGACGUCUCUUACUACUACGAUUGGAUACUUAAGAAUGCAAGAGAAUUGUAUUGCCAUGAAAUCAAGAAAAUGGGGAAAAAAUUGAUCGAGAAAAUGGAUAAGAAGUGGGAGGAGACACGGCUAAUCCAAAAGAUAUGGCGAAAGGGGGAGGACGACUUCAUGAACUGUAUUUUUAUAUAAAAAC